AUGAAACCAUGUUUGAUUAGGGGAUCAAAUCACUCUAAUACAAUCUCAAAACAACUCUUGAAUUUGAGGAGCAAAGUGGCUUUCCUUAGGAUACCGAAUUUGAUUAAUCCUCAUAUCUGCACGCUCAGAGUUCAUAUUGAUAUCAUUAUGGAUUUCAAUCAAGAUUUGAUUGAUCAAUUGAUUGAGUUGAGUAAGAAGCAUAAUUUCUUAAUUUUUGAGUAUCAUACAUUUGCAGAUAUUGGUAAAUGA